CAAAUAAUUCCUAAGCUUCAUGGCACACGGUUUCAAUCGCCUGUCUGACUGGCUCUUUUUGAGGGAUCUGAAGAGGAUACGUGGGUGGUCCCGGAGCCUGAUAAAGUCAAGCCUACAGGUCACGACAUCUGACUUCUAUAUCAAAAAUAUAUCACACUUUCUCAAGUACAUGAAUGAAACACCAUGCAAGGGGAGCAGGCUGAACCAGAAUGACAUGAUUUUAAUCACACGGGAAGUUGCUGCCAUCCUGAAGUCCAUGAGAAAGAAGGUGUUUAUCCACCAGAUGCAGGUGAAGCGGGACAAGAUGGAAGGUCUGCCAAGCCAUAAAGACAUCAUGGCAUGUUUGACUGCGGCCAAAACUCGCAUCCCUCAGCUCCUGGACGUGAUGACCAGCAAUCCGACUCACGCAACCCGGAGCCUGCUCUAUGGGUACAUGACCCUCAAUUGGAGCUGCAUUUAUGGGCACCGUCCGGGGGUCUACUCCAACAUGACCAACACGGAGGUCCUAAAGGCGGAGAUAACUGGCACUGCCUUUGGCCACCUCAUCCACGUAAGCAACCACAAGACGGCCAACGCGUUCGGGGAAGCGCAGAUGUACCUCACCAUAGAAGAAUUUGGAUGGAUGAAGAGGUGGCUGGAAAUCAAGGGGACGCUGACCGGCACCAACAACCGCUACUUCCUCUGCAUAGCGGGGAAGAACCCAUCGAGGAACCUUGCCACCUUCCUGAGGUUGGCAUGGGCUGAUGUUGGACUAAAAGGUCCCAUUAACUUCACCGACCUUCGCACAGUCCACGCCGAUAAUGCGAAGAGGUUUCAGGACAUAAGCAACCGCCAAAGAGUGAGUGAUUUCAUGUGUCACAACACUGCAACUGCAGACAAAUUUUAUGCCAAGAAUCCUUCUUUGAAAGAGGCUGCGGACAUACGAAUGCUCUUCACAGAGUCACUGCAAGCAGCGGCCGCAGCAGCAUCAGGGGUGAGUGAAGACAAUUUGGGGGACAUUGACAUCCACAGUGACCGUGACAGCUCUGGAGAGGAGCAUAGCCCUACUCCCUACCAAGACUCCACCGAUACCGAGACGUCAGAUGAAGAAUUAUACAAAGACUUCAACGCUUGGAGAGCGGCGAAGAGGGAACAGUCAAUGGCCGAACACAGUCCCUCAGACACGGGUGAAGAGAGGGUGCCAGCCUCUGCACCAACUUCACCCGAUACGGACAAUGUUGCCAGUGACCAACUGUAAAUAUGCAAUGUUUUGUUGUACUCAGUCCGCUUGUGCUGGAUGAGUUAAUAAUGUUAUAAUGUUAUAAAGUGUCAAUGUAUAUAUUUCUGUAAAUAAAGUUUGUUAAAAUUA